GAAAAACCUGAGCAAAGUUUUCCCUCGGGAAUUUUUUCUACAGCAAAUUUUAAUUGUUAUACCUCGGCUCACGUUCUGUGAUUGAUUCCAUACACCGGAAGUGUAGCCUGCUGGAACACAUGAUUUGUAAAAUUUUAUCCUCUGGAUCUACAUUUUGGGGACCUCUUCCCCAUCGUCCACCCUCUUCGUCAUUUACUCUCCGGGAGCAAAUUUAGCCAACUCUUUCUGUGAAGUAAGUUUCAGCAAAACGCCAUUGGAUAAUAUAAUUGAAGAGAGGAAAAAAGAACACGAAAACAAACCAACCAACGAACAAGCUAGUGGGUGUAGUGCGCAGAAAAUAUCAUGAGUUCCCUGGAUGAGAGGCAACUGGCUGAGUUGGCAGAUAUUUUCCAGCUGGAAUUGCGACAGAUUGCUGGCCUGAGGAACGAAGCCAUCGAAUCCGAAUUGCGCCGAAGGACAGAACUGCUGGAAGAACUCAAAACACUGCUGAAGCGAUUCAAUGCGCAGGAAGCUGGCCCUGGUCAUGGCCCUGGCCAGCAGCAGCGUGACGCGGCGUGUAGGUGUUUCAGGCCAGGUGGAGGCGACCCGCAGCAGCAGGAGCGACACCUACAUGUGCCGAAGCAAACGCGCAGCAUUCGCGGCAUCUGGCAUCAACGGGUCAGAAGCUCGAACCAUUUCACCCCUGUUGCCUCCUUGGGGUGUUGCGGGUGCCAAGCAUCGACUGGACUUCAAGGCCCCGCUGUUGCUACUACCACUGUUGCUGAUCUACUGGGAGUGGUUGAAGCGACAUCUGGCACUGUGCAUCACAAGCUGUUCAAAACCCGGGUCGUGGAAGCCAGAGAUGCAGUGGGAAAACGAGCAGAUGUGAGCAAGUUGGACCUGCUUCAGCAGAGAAGCCGUGGCCCUAGUGGCAAGCAGUUGCAUGUGCAGCAGUCAGCAGUGUCCAUAGAUGGCAGCAGCAGCAGCAGACGUGGUCAUCGGGCUGCACUGGUGCCAGAUGCUGAUGAAUGGUCCUGCAGAUCCAAGGGAUCCACCACCAGCAGGGCUCCAGCAAGGACAAGUUCGCAGGCAACUUUCCCACCCAGACAAAAGAGUUGUUACAGUUAUGUUUCACCUGCUGAACCCCAUCCCAGUCCCCAAGACUGGAUAGUUCCUCUGAGACAUUCUCCCAAGCACUGUUACACUCAGACCUCUAUGCCAAGUAUCUUCCCUGUCCAGUCGAGUUGUUACUACCAGACUCAGCAAUCACUCGACACCAUCGUGCCUUUGUACAAUAAUAGGGAGAGGAUGAUCUCGCCGAAACCCUCUCACAAUCAUCACAAUGCCGUGAAACCCAAGUUCAGUCCAAACUGCAAACCACCAGCAGUGUCCUCUGAGGAGUCCGUCUUCUCGCAGCCGAAUCUGCAAGAGACGUCGUGGACGAAAGAACUCACCAAGUUGAUUGAUGAGUGUCUGUUGAACAAUCUCAGCGGUUGUGAGGACAAACAACCAAAGCAGCAGCAGGAGAAGAACGUCGAGUCACCACCACCACCAGCUACAGCUAAUGAAUCCAUCAUCACGGAAAAAGCACCACGGCAGGCAGCAGCACCUCCUGUGCUGGUUGUGAACAAAGAUCAAAUCAUCAUGACGGAUGAGGCGUUGUUGCAGCCUGCUGCCAAAAUACAUUCAGAAGCAGCUGUGCAGACGGAAGUGCUGCUGGUGACCAACAGGCCUGAGGAUCCCUGCAUCAGCACUACUGCUUUAGUCACUGAGCCACCUCAGCAGCAGUCGGAUCCCAUCAGCAGCAACAGCAGGCCUGAUUUCACCACCUUGACCUCGACCAGACAAGCACUGCUGGUGUCUGCGGGUCAUCAGCAGGCACUGCUGCAGAGUGCAGACAAACGGGCCACUAUUGGCACCAGCAGCAGGGAACCCCGGGGUGCCAUGCCCUUCUCUGCUGCCGAUGCCCUCAACAAGGGUCCUCCGCUGACCUUUGAGACCCUGCCGAUUGACCGGCAUUUGGAGCUCAAGGCCAGACUCGAAGCUGUCACCAAGAACUUCAAAAUACCCUCUCAGCACAUACUCGAGGCACGUGUGGCCAACAAAGGGAUGGUGAAACUGAAGCCCAGAGACGUUUUCUCUUCCGAAAAAGGCCUCAUUCUUUCUUCAGCCAGCAAUCAGGACCAGCAGCAGCACUCUGAGAAGCUAGGCUCUGAAUCUGCUUCUGCUGGUUAUUUAGAUGCAUCUGGUGGUGGUGGUGGUGGUGGAUUCGCCAGUCUGCCGUCGUCUAGAGAGUUCGCUGUGAACAAGUCGCAAAUCACCAGGGCACAAGUGCCUUGUGGCAAUACAGCAGUUCCGACAGCAGCAGUUCCGGCAGCAGCAGCAGUUGUUGGCAGCCGACGACGACGACUCAACAACCAGCUGGAUGAUGACCAGCAGCAGGACGAGUCGGAAUCGGCGUCUUCGUUCCCGUCCUGGCUGGACCGCCCUCGGAACAAGGGCGUCGUUUUGGACGGCACGUGCGGCGUCAUUUUGCAGGCGGGCGACCAUGGCACCCAGCGCUACGUCGUCACCACUGAGGUACCAAAGCUCCCGGGGCCCGUGUUCCAGUCUCAGCUCGAGCAGCUCCAGCACCAGCACCACCAGCAUCGAGACAACAAUGUCAUCAUUAGGACUGCGUCCAACGGCGACUUGUCUGGCGCCACGCAGGACAAUGUGGACGAGGAUGCGACCCACAAGGACGCGCCCAAGUUGAUCAACACGCUGUCGUCUCGCACCCACCUCCACAACAACAACAACAACAACUCGGUCAACGACUGGACGGAGGCGAGUCUCAACCAGCUGGGCAACUCCCUGCAAGAGGACAUCAGUGCCGAGGACGGCACCCUGACCCGCAGGGACUACCUGGCCCCGGAAAGCAUGUUGGACCUGAUGCCCGGCAGCAGCAAUGGCAUACGGGAUGACCACCAGCAGCAGCAGUAUCGGAGGAGGAGGAGGAGGAGCAGGGAAAUGAGUGCACAGAUGAUGAGCAAUAAUCAGCAGCAACAUCAUAAUCAGGACCAGCAGCAGCAAUUAGGACGACGACGACGAGGAAGAGGACAGUUAUUGGAAGCAGCAGCAGCAGGGGAUGAGGAAGAAGAAGAAGAAGAAGAAGAAGCUGCUGCUGUGUUUCUAGCCAGGUCUCACAGCAGUAGAAUGACCUUUCCUGGGACUGAACACUGGACAUUGGACGAUGCCAGCAAGGGAACGAACCUCAACAAGGAGUGGGCGCAACAGUGGGGGGUGCCCAUCAACUCGAGUGACGAGGAAGACGGUGACAUCAACGACGACGACGACCAACAUUAUGCUGGCGAUGAUGCGCGAGAGGCCUCUUAUUAUGGGACAGGGCAACAGUAUGUUCCUCAAGCACGUGGGGCAGCCCCUGCUGAAGGGCGGUGUCAUCUGCUGUCGGCCAGCAGUGUCUCCUCAUCCAGUCAGUUAUUGUCGACCGCAGCUGCAGCAGGCCUGACUGAAUCUGCGUUUCCGUAUCCUCAAACCCUGCGUCAGGCCAGAGAGUUGGCAAGACUGCACCAGUUGGCAACUGCGUCGCGGGGUCAACGAGACGCCGACUUUGACCCUGGCAACGAGGCGGACGACGAGACCUACUCGGCCAUGAUGAAUAAUUCCUGUCCAGCACCUUCACAGCAGCAACAACAGCUCAACUGGGUGCCCCCUGCUGAUGGAGAGGCCCGUCUCAAGUACUUGCAUUCGCCCAUCAGCACAUACUAUCAUCAUCAUCAUCAUCAGUCACCGACUACCACCACAACCACCACCAACAACACAACAACAACAACAGCAACAACAACAGGCACAACGAGUGCGACGAAAACAAACAACACCACCACCGCCACAGACACGUCGUCGUCUCUGAGGAUGCCGGAAAUCGGGAUCCUGCCCAUGUCCCACCACCGCUACGUGCCGGCCAUCAUGAAUAGGGCGGUGGUGAUGCCGCCACUGGGCCACUCGGGCGUCGCCUCUCUGGACGACGAAUGGGAGAACCUGCUCAGCGGCGACAGCAGCGUGUCGCAGACCUUUGCCAAACGCUAUGGCAUCCCGCAGUUGAAGCCCUUUCCGAAUAAUCACGUCUAAUAUAUACAGUACACUGUGUAUUGGAUGCGUCUAUAUAUUUUCUAUAUAUAUUCUGUGCAUAUAGAGGUGAUUGAUUGUCAAUGAGGCAUUAUAUGUUUUGGGAUUCAAUAUCCAGCAAAUACAAAUAACCCAAGGUCUUCCUCCAAUCAUA